GCCUCUAUAAAUGUCCUUCUCAGUUGUGAUAUCCGCAAAACCAGAGUCAUCUCAAUUCUUGAUAUUAGUAUUUUACUAAGCACCCAAAAUGAGCUCAACACUCGAGCAUUUCAGCCACCCCAAGCACCCACUCAUCCUAUUCGAUACUUUCCUAAAAGAGUAUUUCAUCUUUGAAAAGAACGCUGCAUGCGUAAAUUGCCAACUACCAGUUGAAGAAACACCUGCAUAUACUUGCCGCAGCCAUGAUAGAACUUUCUAUGUACACAAGAGUUGUGUAACCGAACAAGUUCUGAGAUGCUAUGGCUGCAGCAAAACAGUUAUAGGGCUUCCAACAUAUAUUUGCCAUGACAAUCACAAUAUUGAUUGUCGAAAUUUCUUCUUGCACAAGACCUGCGCAACUCUGCCCAACCAAAUAAACCAUAAAUCUCACACACAACACCCCCUCACUCUCGUUCCACGCCGCGAUUGCGUUUGUAAAGUGUGUCGUCGUACGUGGAAGUUGUUUACUUAUGCAUGCAUGGUUUGUGAUUUUGAUGUGUGUGUGUUUUGUGCUUUUGAACAGAAACAGAGAGCGCUUGGUCAUGAAGGUCACAAGAAGCACAGACCAGCAAUGCUGCUACUGGAGCAACAUAAAGUUCGGCAGGAGCACUUUAGUCAUCCUAAUCACCCGCUAAUACUAAUAGCGGAUGAGAUUAUGGUUGAUGAUGCUACAUGCUAUAUUUGCAACACACCGGUUAGAGGCACUUGCACAUAUAUUUGUCCUAUAAAUGAUAUUGAUUGUCGAAAUUUUUAUCUGCACAUGAGCUGUGCAGAACUGCCGAGAGAAAUUUAUUUUCAAAAUCACAAACAACACUGCGCCUUUCUCAAACCAUGCUCUGAUUGUGUUUGCGAUUUUUGUGGUGUCGAUGUGAAUUUUGGUUAUGCUUGUGGUGUAUGCAGUUCUUUCAUAGUGUGUGUGUUUUGUGCCUCGGAAGAGAUAGAGAGGACAAAAUUGUUAACGUGGACACCACCUGCACCCAUUUUGAGAGCCAGGGAUUAUAGCUAUAGACCACCACCGAAAGUGGAGCACUUUAGCCACCCGAAACAUACACUCCGACUAGUAAGAGAGUCGGAUGAUGUCGGAGAGGAUGAGAUAUGUCAUCUCUGCAACAAACCAGUUAUAGGCUCUCCGACGUACACUUGCUCUAAGGAUGCUAUUGAUUGUGAAAGAUUUUACCUGCACAAGACUUGCGCAGAUCUCCCCAUGGAACUUAAUCACAGUCUCGACAGACACCUCCUUGGUCUAAUGCCGCGCCCUGAUGGACACCUUUGUGCUGUUUGUGCUAGUAAGGUCAAGUAUGCUUAUGCAUGUGAUAAUUGCAAUACUAAUGUGUGUGUUUUCUGUGGUUUUGAACAGAGAGUCAUAUACCAUGAAGGCCACCAUGAGCACAAUCUAACAUUGCAGAGGGAAGCUGAGUUCAAGUGCGAUGCUUGCUCGGUAAAAGCUCAAGACUAUUCCUAUGUAUGCACACCCUGUGAUUUUUGGAUCCACAAGACGUGUGCUUUUGCACCGUCCACCAUUCCAGCUCCCGCUUACCACCACCACCCCCUCAGUCUUAUAUACUCUAUCCCUGAAAUGCAUCGUUAUUUUAGCCGAAAUUGCGCCGUCUGCUCCAAAUUGGUUGAGAGACACCACUGGCUCUAUUACUGUCACAAAUGUACAUUUUUUGUGCAUAUAAAAUGUUCUACAUCCAAAUACCCUUUGGGAUUACAGGGUUUAUCGGUUUGGUUUGCCAAUGAUAUUGGGGAACCUAAUCUAGUACAGUUUCCCCUGUCUAGCAAGGAAUCACUAUUCGGCCUCAUUGUAGACCAGUGCCGCAAGCUUCAAAUUGACUUUCAAGGUGAAGGCGAAAACAGUUUCACUGCAACAACAACUGAUGGUCCACACAUAAUUGAAGAGCACUGGAGUCACCCUCAGCAUCAAUUAAAACAACUGCAUUUUACAGAGAACGACGACGAUGACAUGGAUAGUGAUACUACAAGAGUGCUGAUAUGUGAUGGAUGCAUUCAGCCCAUAACUGCUCAUCAUCCGUGUUACUACUCUUGUGUCCGAUGUGAAUUCCUUCUCCACUCCUUCUGUGCCACUAAGUUGCCACGAGUGUUCCCUUCAGAAGCAUUUCCAUCUCACCCAAAUCACUCACUGGUGCUUCAGACGGUGGAAUUGGCCUAUAUUUUCGUCAAAUGUGGAGCUUGCAACAGCGCCACAAAUGGAUUCUACUAUCACUGUGAAACUUGUGACAUGACAAUUGAUAUUCGUUGUGCAUUCCUGCCCUCGCGGAUAAAACACGAAUCUCACAAGCACCACUCCCUUGUUCAAUGUCCGCCAUCCAAUUUCAUCUGUAGUGCAAGUAAGCUUCGGGUGAUUGACCGAGUGGGAUACGCAUGCAAGUCUUGCCCCUUCUUCCGCGUUGAUAUACUAUGUGCAUUUUAUCCGAGUAGCAUAAAGCACAGAUACGAUGACUCGCGUGACAUAACACUGAGACACCCUCCAUUUUUCCACGAGGGAGUAAUCUAUUGCGAAAUUUGUGAGGAACAAGUGAACAAUCAAUGGUGGCUCUAUCAUUGUAGUGAAUCAGCUCAUUCGUAUCAUCACAACUGCUUACAGUGGCACGAAAAUGUGAAGCUGCGAAGUUCCAUAGUAACUGGUGCGCACACACUUUCCAUGGUUUUCAAGAGGACUAAAAGAAGAAAUUCUCCCCGGUAUAUCUGUGGGGAUUGCAAUAAGGGCUACAAAUGUAGUUUCCUUAUCGAAUGUGAUGGUUGUGGAUUGCUUGUCUGCUUAACGUGUUUCUAUAAUUUUAUGGCCUUGUGUUUUCCAGGAUGGGUAACCUGGGCUGGGAUCCUUCGACGAGCCAUUAAGCCAUGAAAGUUUCUAUAAAUUUACGAUGAGGAACUUGGGCUGGAACGGGAUUAUUAAGCAAUGAAAAAUAAACUAAGAUCAGUGUUUUGUUUCACCAUCAAAAUUCGACAAGACUUGUUUGAUACCUGAAGUAUCUGCUGAAAUUUGUUUGAUUUCUUUCUAGGCAUAUAGAACACCUAUGUUAGAACAGAAAUUUUUUAAAUGUAAACAGUAAAUUAGAGUUGCAGUUCUCAGUUCUUUAUUUAAUUUAUAAAGCAAUUCAUUUAGAAA